AUGCUUUCACAUCACAACAAGGCAAAAUCAAAGGCUGUUCGUGAUACCAGCAACAGCAAACAACAAACUCAGGGCAUCGGGUCCAUAGGCUCUUUUUCUGAAUUAUUUCAAAAUCCUCAUAUAUUUCACCAGGCAUCCUCUCCGAAUCAGAUCCAUGUGUAUGAAGGAGUUCAACCUGAAAAACUUUUCGGAGGACAACAAUCGCCACAGAUCAGGUGGAUGACACGCGAGAUGAAUCAAUUGAUGCAAAGUUUGAAUCAUUAUCAACCACAACCAAAUAUAAUGACAUCCUCUUCUGAAUUUACACUUUCAGAUGUUGAAUUUAGAGUGAGGUCAUUUGUUUUUAUGCAGGUGAUUUCUUCAUCAUCAGAUGAGUCCUGGAAGAAUGAUGUCGAGAGAUUUACUCGUGAAUCUUCGCACUUUGUUCACAACAUUCCAUUACAAGGAUCCUAUGCUCGAUCUUCUGAUGGUGGUCUGACACAAACAUUGUAUAUGGCCAGUUUACCUUUCAUUGAUAGAUCGGAUGCUCCGUUGUUGAACAAUCGUGUCAAUUUACUAAGAGAUUGGUAUUUGGGAAAGAACCAAAAACAAAGUAUCUUCACAGUGAAGUCACUCGAAGAAAUUAUUGAGAAUGGUGACGACUUUUUGUCUGAUUUAGGGUCUCAAAAGAAUUUGAGCUUUAUUUCUAACUUGUUCUAUGAAAUUGCAAAUUGUAUCAAAGAGUUGCAUGAUCAAUGCUCCAUUACACACAACAGUAUUUUACCAAAGAAUAUAAUGUGCUUUCAACAAGGAGAAUCGUUCCAUUUUCUAAUUCAACCACCAUCCUUUGGUCUGGCUUCCAUGAUUGAUAAUCUCAAUGAUGACCAUGUGACAUAUUUCUCACCUCAAGUAUUCUCCAGAUUUGAGAAUGGUGAACAAGCUUUCACAUUUGAUAACGACGUGCACAUGUUGGGAACAUUGAUUCUGAGAAUUUUAUUAGGUGAAGAAUUCGAUGCUAAACAACUCGAUGUUGAUGAUUGGAGCAAUGAAUCACAAAAUUUGAUUCAUUCCAUUUCCUCUCGUGUGGAAAAUUAUAACGAAAGAACUGCCACUAUUUUUAAGAAUUUAGCGACUUUAGCAUUGCGUUGUGUGGAUCCUGACGAUACAAAACGACCAUCAAUAUAUCAAUGCUGUAAAGAGAUUAACGAAAAUCUUGGAAAUUUGUAUCAAAACCCUCCACAACCUGUAUUUGACGACAUACAAGUUGAAUAUGGUCAGGAUAAAGACUCAGAACUUUCCUCCUCUUCGAGGGCUUCCUUUUCUGCUGACAAUGAUGAUGAAGAUGAAGUGAGCAUUGUUAGAAGCAGAGCAAUAAUGGAAGAGAAAGAAGAAGAAGAACGACCUUCGUCAGGAAAGAAAAAGAUGAAAGAAAGCAAACGAGCGGAGCAACCUCUAUUACUGUCUUUGAAGAAAAGUUCUUCACUCUCUAGAGGGCUAAAAAGUGAUUCUAGCAGUAAGCAAUUAUUCGACUCUCCAAGUACAUCACGGAGCAGAAAUGCACCAACAAGAUCCAGCGAUUCAACAGCCACAAAGAAGGAUGAAUCUGUCUCACAUUCUGCAGAGUUUUCUCCAGUGUCUUCGUCCACUGCUUUGAAAGAAGCUAUUCCAGAGUUAAGCUCUGAGAUAGUUGUUCCACCAAGUGACGCAAUGCUUGAUUCCAUAAUACAGUUAUCACCUCAAAGGUCUCAACAACCACAACAACAGCAAACACUUGUACCUCCAUCACCACGACAAAGCUCUUCAGCCAUAUCACCACCUCCAUCGGCAUUCUCUUCAUAUGCCGUAUCAGGUAGUGCCGUUCCUCCUCCCAAACCCAUCACUUCCACCUCCACUACCAAAGAAGACAACAAUACCAAACCUGCCUACGGCUCCAGAAGAGCAGCUAGAGACGAUUUUGGUGGCAAACAGGCUGAUAGUACUACUGAAGAAGUAUUGAAUGUUAAAAGAGAAAUGGAGAAAAGUAUAAUGCAGACACAAGAACAUCUAGACCGUCUAGAACCACUCGAUGAAAGGUGUGACGAGUUGUCGGUAGAAGCCAAAUACUUUAAAAAGAAGUCCAAAUCUUUUCAUUUUGAUUUUUCAUCUGCCAUAUCCACCUUUUUCAGAAACAUUGGUCAAUUUUUCAAAAGUUUUACAUAUGCCAAAAAUCGAGAAGUACAGGGCGUUUCUAGUGAAAGAGGGCAUGUGUCUUAUGAGCCAGCAAAACUAGAGGAGAACCCUCAACCUAUUGUGGGAGAUAUAGGAAAGAAAGACCAAUAUACUAUCGUGAAACGACUAAACGACGGAGCAUCUGCCAUUAUUUUGCAAGUGAAAAAACAAGACUGUGAUCAACUCUAUGUGAUGAAGCGUUUUAGAGAAGGCGUUGAUACAGAUUAUCAACGAGAAGUUGAGUGCCUUAAAGCAUUUUCUCACAACAACAUUGUAAAAUACGUUGAUGACUUCUCGUACUCUGAAACUGUUGAUAAUAAGCAAGUUAUGACUCGUGUGGUAAUCAUGGAAUUUUGCAAUUUUGGAGAUUUAUUUAAACAGACCAUGAGUUUUGCACAAGGUGGCAAACAAAGGUUAAUGAGACCAAUGAGAAUGUUGAGAUUUACACUUCAAUUGUUUUCAGCUCUUGAACAUGUCCAUGAGAAGAAAUAUGUGCAUUGUGAUGUGAAACCUCAAAACAUAUUCUUGGCCAGCGAUGGAAAUUUAAAGCUUGGAGAUUAUGGUUUUGCUGUUAGAGAAGGUUCUGUUGUUUGUGGUGGUACUUUGCAUUAUUUGCCACCUGAACAACAGGAAGGUCAACCAUCUUCCUGUAAGAUGGAUAUUUAUUCUGCAGCCUGUUCUCUGUUUGAAGUUCUCUCUAAGAAGAAAGUGAGCUUGAAAUCAAAACAAGGAGUACCUUUAAACUUUGCUGACAUUUGGGAUCAACAUUUGAAGAAUAAUCCUCAUUUUCACAGAAAGAGAAGCAAUCCUCAUGCUAUGGGUCUUUUUGAAGUUCUAAAGAGCUGCCUUGAACCAGAGGCUACCAAACGUCCAACUGCUAAACAAGUGGUGAAACAAGUAACAGAUAUUUACCAUAAUUAUUCGGCAACUUUAUUGCAAAAAAGAUUCAGAGGUUAUGAUGUACGUAAGAAAAGACCAUUGAGAAAGUUGUAA